UGUGGGUGCCAGGAGCGAGGGGACCGGGAAGACCCAGGCGAGGGUGUGUGGAUUUGAGCCUACGCGUUUCUAACCCGAGAUCUCGAAAUGCAUCGUGAUUCCUGUCCGUUGGACUGUAAAGUUUAUGUAGGUAAUCUUGGAAACAAUGGUAACAAGACUGAAUUGGAACGAGUUUUUGGCUAUUAUGGACCACUCCGAAGUGUGUGGGUUGCUAGAAACCCUCCCAGCUUCGCUUUUGUGGAAUUUGAAGAUCCUCGAGAUGCAGCCGAUGAUGUCCGAGAGCUAGAUGGGAGAACACUAUGUGGCUGCCGAGUAAGAGUGGAACUGUCGAAUGGUGAAAAGAGAAGUCGAAAUCGUGGCCCACCUCCUUCUUGGGGUCGUCGCCCUCGAGAUGAUUAUCGGAGGAGGAGUCCUCCACCUUGCCGCAGAUCUCCAAGAUGGAGAAGUUUCUCCCGCAGCCAGAGCAGGUCCCUUACUAGAGAUAGGAGAAGAGAGAGAUCACUGUCCCAGGAGAGAAAUCACAAGCCGUCCCCAUCUUUCUCUAGGUCUCGUAGCCGAUCUAGGUGAAAUGAAAGGAAAUAGAAGACCAGUUUGCAAGAGGAGUGGUGUACAGGAAGUAACUUCAUUUGACAGGAGUAUGUACAGAAAAUUCAAGUUUUGUUUGAGACUUCAUAAGCUUGGUGCAUUUUAAAAAUAUUUUAGCUGUUCACAUUUGUUUGUCUCUUGGAACAGUGACACAAAAAGAUGUAAUUCUCUAUGGUUUGAAAUGGAUCAUAUGAGGCAUGUAAUAUCAAGAAUUGUUACUUUACAAUGUUCCCUUAAGCAAAAUUGAAUUUGCUUUGAAUUUUUAGUCUUGCAUAGAUUGAUAAUAAACCUCUAACUCCUGCCCAGCUAAAGUGUGAUGUUUAAUAUUACGGAAACAAAACUGGUAAAAAUUGAAAAGACUCUGUAGCUGGGAUAUGGUAUGCAGCUGUAGUUAAGCGGUCUUUAAAAGCUGCUGUGAACACAAGCCAGCAGGUAAAAAUUAAAGUUGCACCCUUAAACUAGAUUAGAGGUUUAAAAAUUCCACUAGUCUUCACACUGGACAAGAG